AUGCGUUUCAGAAUCAAGAAUGAUGAUGAAGCCAUCAGAAAAUCAAGACAAAAAGUUCGCACAGGUGUAUCAGGCCAAGAACAGUGGCAGAAAUCAACUGAUGUUGAUAUCAUGAAAAGUAAACAGUAUUUCGGCUCUUCCAAAGACUUCAUCAAAUCUCUUGGCCGGCAUUACAAGCUGAAUCACGGUGACUUUUCGAAUGCAAUGUUGUUCAAAGAAACCCAAAUUUUAGCAUCGUGGGCUUAUGAAAAUCAAACCAAAUGGGGCAAAGAGGUGGGCUUUUUGUAUUUCUCAGUGGUGGAAGACUACUUCACAGAUUUUAUUAAUUUGCAUGGCAAAGGUUGGAUUUCAGUGUAUUGUAACCCAGCAAGGCCAGCUUUUUUGGGCUCAGGCACCACAAAUCUGAGUGAUGUGUUGGUUCAGACCACCAGAUGGGGUUCUGGUUUGGUUGAAGUUGCUAUCUCAAGGUUCUGUCCUCUUCUACAUUGCCCAAAGCAGAAGGAGAAGCAGAUGUCUGCUCUUGAGAGAAUGUGCUAUGCAGAGCUUGCCUUCUUUCCUUUCAAUUUCAUCCCAUUGUGGUGCUUUGCAACCAUUCCUCAGCUCUAUCUGCUCAAUGGUUAUACCCUGAUGUUAGUUUGUAACCCAAGAUAUGCAUUCGCUUUCUCUCUUUUGCAUAAUUUUGAUUUCGGAUAGAGUAAUAUUAUGUAUGCUAACAAAUCUUAUAAUUUUAUUUUUGAAAAUGUUACGGGUGUAGAAAAUGUGUUGUGUCCACAGCAUUUUCAUUUGAAAAAUGCUAAAUAAUCACAAGAUUUUUUUUAUAUGGAAUGUGCUUCUAAAAUGAUGUGACUGUGACAUAUUUUUAAAUUAUUAUCAUAAUAAUAGUCGUAUGUGAUCACAAUAAAAUUCUGUUUGCAUAACACUAUUGUUUCCAUUUUAAUUCUAUUAAAAAAAAUUGUUAGAUAAAAUUUGAUCAAGAAAAUUGAAUAAAUUUGAGAGAGAGCCCCAUAACCCCUAUCUCUAUUCAAUACAAGUGUUUCUGAUUCAUUGCUGUGCAAUUAGCAAUUUGUGUACUAACUUGCUUAUUAUUACUACAAGACAAAUUUAAUAAAUUUAACAAUUCAAAAAUCGAUUGUAGUGUUAGACACGUUGAAUAAAUUUAACAAUACAGAACUACACGUGUAUAUGGAUGGAUAAGAUGUUUUAGGUUGUGGAUCUUACCAAUAAAUUUUAUAAAUUUUUUUGGAACAUCUAUAUUCUGUGUUCAAAGAGUGAAAUUGUUACACAUUUUCCCCUCAUCCCAGUCCAAACACAUCCAAGAGAUCCUCUCAACUGGAGGUUCGAUCCAAACAUGGAGCAAUGAACAGAGAAUGUGGAUGAUAAGGUCAGUCACAAGUCAUCUCUAUGGAAGUUUGGAUGCUUUCAUGAAGAGAAUGGGUAUGAGAGAAGCCAGUUUUCUACCAACCAAUAAAGCCAUUGACGAUGAGCAACUCAAGAGAUACCAAAUGGGUAAAUUCGAUUUCCAAGCAUCAAACAUGUUGAUUGUUCCAGUGGUUACCUUGGUGAUUCUAAACCUAGUAUCCUUGUUUGAAGGAGUUACUAGGAUGGGUAUCAAUGGAAGUUUCAAUGAGAUGUUUAUGCAAGUUGGUUUGUCAUUUUUCAUUGUAUCUAUGAGCUACCCUAUUGUUGAAGGGAUGGUGGUGAGGAAAGAUAAGGGUAAGGUUCCAAUUUCUGUUUCUAUUUUGUCCGCUGUGAUUUCCAUGAUUUUCUUAUUUUGGGGAUCUCCUAUUCUCAUAUAUUGGUGACAAGUAGAUCAAGUAGUUGGAUUAGAACAUUUGUAUUAAUGUAUCACGAUGCUAUUGUAUUUUUAUUUAAGUUCUUUUCUUCCUAAGAGGAGGAAAUGAAAACUCUAUUGAAAUGUAUUGAUCAUACUAUUUUGUGGCCUA